CACAACCACACAGUAAUCACGUGCACAGGACUAGGCUGCGAACGGCCACCGAGUGAGUUUCUUUAUCUUCGCCGCACACUGACCACCUUUUUUGGCCUUUUGCACGAUAUCCACCUGCGCUCACUAUCAUCCUCUCCCAUCCUCACUUCCCUCAAUCUCCUGCCCAUCCCGCACCGCUGCAAUAAGACAUGUCUGGAGCUGCUAACAGAGAGGCGGUCUUUCCGACCCGUAUGACAUUGACUGUCAUGAAGAGUAAACUGAAGGGCGCCACCGUCGGACACAGUUUGUUGAAGCGCAAGUCUGAGGCUUUGACCGGUCGAUUCCGUGAAAUUACGCGCAGAAUUGAUGAGGCCAAGCGGAAAAUGGGUCGCGUUAUGCAGGUCGCUGCGUUCUCGCUCGCCGAGGUUACCUACGCUACCGGCGACAGCAUCGGAUACCAGGUCCAGGAGUCGGCCAAGAGCGCCCGCUUCCGUGUUCGUGCAAAGCAGGAGAACGUCUCCGGUGUCAUGCUUCCCGCAUUCGAGGCCUACUACGACGAACAGAACAACGAUUUCAAGCUCACUGGUCUGGGCCGAGGUGGACAGCAGGUCCAGAAGGCAAAGGAGGUCUACUCGAAGGCUGUCGAGACUCUUAUCGAGCUCGCGUCUCUACAGACUGCUUUCGUCAUUCUUGAUGAGGUUAUCAAGGUCACCAACCGUCGUGUCAACGCUAUCGAGCACGUUAUCAUUCCCCGUACCGAGAACACCAUCAAGUACAUCAACAACGAAUUGGACGAGUUGGAGAGAGAAGAGUUCUACCGUCUGAAGAAGGUCCAGGACAAGAAGCAAAGAGACCAAGCCGCGUUGGACGCCGAGAUGGCAGCCAAGAAAGCCGCCGAGUUGGCGUUGGAGGCUGAGGAGGGCCUUGUUCCGUCGGCGCUGUCUGGGCCUGAGGACUUGACUGCCCAGGGUGACGAGGAUAUCAUUUUCUAAGCCUUUUUUUCAUUCUAUUGUUUUAAUUUUAAUUAUUGUCUUUUUUGUGUACCUAUUUGUCUUUUGUUUGGGCGAGUGUGGGGAGAGAAGAGGGUCGUUCUAGGUAGGUUCUUUGUGAAGAAUAAUAAAUAAGUGGACCUGCAUGUGUAGAUGCCUGAUCGUCUAUGUCGUAUAUCUUCAGUAGUAUGUCUUGAUAUAGAGCUUGAGUACUGUCUAUAUCUCCUGUAGCCUCGGUGCUUGCGUU